CAGCGUGUCUGUGUGCAGGUUGGGAUCAUGGCAGGAGUGUUUAGUUUGUUGGUGGCUCUUUUGCUUUUUGCGGCGAACUGUAGGGCUGAAACUUGCACAGAACCCUCCAUUGUUCCAUCGUACUACACUACCUCAGAUGCAGUUAUCUCGUCUGAAGUGGUUUUCAUUGUGGAGAUCUCUCUGACAUGCUCUAAUGGGGCACAGAAUGUUGCACUUUAUGCAGAUGUAAAUGGAAAGCAGUUCCCGGUUACCAGAGGCCAAGACAUUGGGAAAUACCAGGUAUCAUGGAGUCUGGAACACAAGAAUGCACACUCUGGCAUCUAUGAAGUAAAGUUCUUUGAUGAAGAGUCCUACAGCCUGUUGAGAAAGGCUCAGAGGAAUAAUGAAGACUUUUCCACCAUCAAGCCUCUCUUUUCAGUUAAUGUUGAUCACAGGGGUGCCUGGAAUGGUCCAUGGGUAUCUACAGAGGUACUUGCUGCGCUUGUUGGCAUUUUGAUAUACUACACAGCAUACACUGCAAAGAGCUACAUCCAAGCGUGAGCGAAGAUUUGGGACUUAAUGUUGCUUGUCCUGAUGUAAAAAGUUACAUUGUUUUGUCAUUAAUAACAAAUAA